CUUUGGAAGUUGUAGUGGGUACCACCGCCAUUUGCCACUGUUGAUGUUAUUUUUCUAAGUCACGGCAUUGGCUUCGUAGUCACAAGGACAUUCAAUAAGGAAUGAUACACACUCCAGACAGGACCCCUUCGAAACUGGAUUUUAUGAGUAGCCAUCAGCCACUGAGUGUACAUCAUAGUUACAGUUGGUCUGAUGAGACCGGCGCUGGUGCCGGCAAACGCUCAAAGAUGUACCACUCCACACCAACACCACCCACUACCACAAACUCCUUGAGCACUUGGGACAUUGACGGUGGUCUGGCUGCUGACUUUGAUGGUUCACUAUCUGGGUUGGGCACGGAGUUGGGCACUGCCAGCUACAAUAUGAGUGAAGCUUUACUCGCUCUGCCUGUGUUUAAACAGGAAAACUUGGAAAAUGGGUUUCAGUAUAUCUUGGGUGCGGCCACAUCACCUGCUGUGAAAAUGAAUGAGGAGACUUUAACAUAUUUAAAUCAAGGGCAGUCAUAUGAAAUAAAGUUAAAAAAACUCGGUGACUUAUCAGAAUUGCAGGGAAAAUAUUUACGGAGCAUUGUGAAAGUUUUAUUUCAUGAUCGAAGGCUCCAGUUUAUGGAGAAAGAACAGAUUGACUCCUGGAAACAGAUGAGACCAGGGGAGAGAAUCCUAGAUAUUGAUAUUCCCUUAUCAUAUGGGCUUGUAAAUGUCAACUUGGACCCGGUGCGCUUGAAUCAGCUAGAGUUUAUAUGGGACCCCACCAAGGAGACUGGACUGUAUGUUCGGGUGCACUGCAUAUCCACAGAGUUCACUGCCAAAAAACAUGGUGGAGAGAAAGGAGUGCCAUUUAGAAUACAGGUUGAAACAUACACAAAUACAGAUGAAGCUAAGUUGCUUCAUGCUGCUUCUUGUCAAAUUAAAGUGUUUAAGCCUAAAGGCGCAGACAGGAAACACAAGACAGACAGAGAAAAGAUGGAGAAAAGGUCAGAAGUGGAGAAGGAGAAGUAUCAGCCAUCUUAUGAAUGUACAGUUCUUACUGAGGUACCUAAGGAUCAGAUUUUGCAGGCCAAUACAAGUUAUAAUAAAACACAGUCUCUAACCAGCAGUUUUGCUGAAUUGAACUGCACGGCUUCACCAAACCCCUCCAUCAGCCCCCCACAGAGCACAACUCCCCACACACCACUGCCCUUCUCACACACACAGACCCAUGAGCCAGUUGAUGUACUCUCUGGGCCUCUUUCAUCCGAUGCCCAAGCAGCUGAUGUGGCUCAGUGGCUUCACUACCACAGAUUCUCAAAUUAUGUUCGUGUAUUCCAGAAUUUCUCAGGUGCAGACCUGCUUCGUCUAAGUCGAGAUGAUUUAAUACAAAUUUGUGGCUUGGCUGACGGCAUUAGAUUAGACAACGCACUACAAGCUAGAAACAUUCGACCACGACUUACAAUCUAUAUCUGCCAGGAACCAGAGUCAAUUUACCAUGCGUUGUACAUGGACACUUUGGUGCUAGAGGAAUUUAAAGUGAAACUUUCCUCCUUGUUUGGCAUCCAGACCCAGCAGAUAGGGGACAUCUACAUGCAGGGACCUUCACAGAUUCAUAUACUGCUCACUGAUGAUGUGAUACAAAACACACAGGACCAAGCUCGAUUUGUUGUUGAAGGAAUGAAAGAUGAGAGUGGUGAUAAAUACAGAAUACUUUUAAAGACUGUAGGGGAUCGUUAAUUUUUCUGUAAUCACGUUAUUGUUUUUGUUUGAUACGUUUGCUGGGAACGGAGUAAUUGAAGGAUGUCCUCCACUCAAACUUUUGUACAUACACGGAGGACGUCAAGCGUGAUGUGUACAUACGUGUUCAUUCACAAAGUGUUUGGCUUGCGGAGGAAUAUUGGACAAACAGAACAUUUUCAACAGUUUUACUCUGACCGGCGUAUCUGCUGUCAGUGAUUUGUAAUUCCACAAUGCUUUAUACUAUCUCACUGUGACUAGUGUGAUUGAAGAAAAUGGCAGAUGUAUCAAGGUGUUCCGAGUUGUUUGACAAAAAUUUUUGCAAUAACUUUAUUCUUGUACAUGCGGUAAAUGGGAGGAAGGAAUGUCUAUUUUUAUUUUCUGUUUACCAGAGAGAAAUCUACUUAUGUAUUAUCUUAAUAUUACAUGUGUAAUAUCUUAGCAAAUUACAUAUUUUUAAUUUCAAGAAGAAAUGUUAUGAAUGCGUUUUAGAUCUUUAUGAGUGACACUGUUUAUAUACAUAUGUACAAUACAUAGCUUACAUGAGUCAAAUGAUUGCCUUGGAUAUGUGUACAGAUUACAUUAUUAUUUGCACAAUCAACAUUCUCAAUCAUACAUUUUAAGACAUUACUGAAAGAUGAGGUCUCUGUUCAUUCAUUAGUCUUGUCAAUUUUUAUUAUGUCAAUCAAGCUUGGGGUGGUUUUAAAAUGUUAUUUGUAAGCUGAAUGCACAGUUUAGGUCCUUGGUUGUAACUCCGGUGGAUGGAAUAGCUCUUUCUUUUUGAAAUGCUUUUAUUUAAUAUAGAAAAAAAUGGUUUGAUGAUUCAUUAAUUAAUUACUUGGAAGGGAACAAAGAAAUUGUUUACUAAAUAAACAUGUUUUAUAUAUUAUAAUCUAGAAUUUUAUGUCAUGUGACGUUGGUUUUAAAAUGCGCAGCCAGUCUAUCUUUGUGGAGCUGU